CCAGAAAAAGCUUUUGGCUGACUAUGAUUUCAAGAGAAAUAAGAAAUUGCAAUUUAUCGAAGCAUUGCGACUAAAAUGUGUUAUUGUUUCAACAGCUCAAGCACAUGGUAAAAAAUGCACAAAAUUGGAAAAGUAUCAUGUGGAUGUUUGAAAUCUGUCAAAAUAGAAUCAGAUGGACAAAAACUUUCUUGGUGUCUUAGGAAAUAUAAGUACAGACAGAGUAAAAUAACUUCUAGACAUGAUCUUUUGAAUCACAGGAGCGUACACCAAAGGUUUGCCCAUGUACGAUACCUUCAUGACAGUGGUGAUGUAAACAAAGCACGAUUAAGUCCAAUCAACAUUCAAAUGUUGUCAGAAAAGUUACAUGAACAGAUUUUUGGUAAAAUCGAGAAAACACCUAAUUCUGUCAAUCCUGAAACACUGAAGAAAGUUCAAUAUCAUUUGGAAAGUCAUGGUUUAUGGGAUAAAGAUUGUCCUAUUAUUCCUGAUGUUCAGCUCCAGUUACCUAAACUCUUAGACAAAGACAUCGACAAACAUUUCUUAGAGUUGGGUAAAAAACAAACAGAAUCAUACAGAAAGCUGGCAGAGAUGAUAAUUGCGAGUAAAAUGCCAAAAUGUCCAAACAAGUGGGUGAUGUCUGCUGGAUGGACGAAAUAUGACUCAGAUACAGGGAAAGCUGUACCUGUUGACUUUCCAGAAGAAGAUGUAUGUGUUUUUGAUAUUGAAUUAGUGGUACAGGAAGGACAUUACCCAACUCUAGCUACUGCUGUUACUCCUAAACAUUGGUAUUCUUGGUGCAGUGAUCGGGUAAUGGAGGAUAAGAAUAAGCUUGCUACACAAAUCUGGCCUGAAGAUCUGAUACCACUAGAAACGUCAAUGGACCAACAUGGACCAGAUAAAAGUAGAUGGAGAGACAGACUUGUCAUUGGACAUAAUGUUGGAUUUGAUAGGUCAUUUGUGAAAGAACAGUAUUAUAUUGAGAAAUCAAAACUGAGAUUUUUAGACACGAUGUCAUUACAUAUUGGUGUGUGUGGUCAGACCAGUUUCCAGAGAAUUUUGUAUCAAGCAACAAAGAAAGGAACCAAUAGGAAGGAUGUCAGAGAAUACUUAGCUGGAAAACAACAGAAGCAUGUACAGUCAGAUGAUACUUGGAAAGAAGUCAGUACAAUGAACAAUCUAAAUGAUGUAUAUCAGCUACAUUGUAAUGGUAAACCUUUACAGAAAGAUACCAGAGAUGUCUUUGUCAAAGGCACAAUGAAAGAUGUCCGAGAGAGGUUUCAGGAACUGAUGAAGUAUUGUUCCAGUGAUGUGAUAGCUACAUUAAAGGUUUUUAAGGUGCUUUGGCCACAAUUCUUAGACAGAUUCCCUCACCCUGUGACAUUAGCUGGCAUGAUGGAAAUGGGGACAGCCUAUCUUCCAAUAAAUCAGAACUGGAAUAGAUAUAUUCAACAGUCAAACUCUGUGUAUGAUGAUCUCCAGAGAGAACUUAAAACCAUUCUAAUGAAAUUGGCCAAUGAAGCAUGUACUAAGAUACAUGAUGAAAGGUAUAAAGAUGACCCAUGGUUAUGGGACUUAGAUUGGUCUACAAAGGACAUAAGGAUUAAGAAGGCCCCUAAGACCAAGGCCAAAAAGGUGGAAGAAAAAGAUGAGACAGCAGACGACAGAAUCAACAGAAUUUUAGCCACAUCAGAAAGAUUAUAUAAGAUCAGAUCUCAUAUGGCAGGAUACCCAGGAUGGUAUAAAGAUAUAUGUAUGAGACUUAACAAAGAGGAUUGGUUACCAGGUCCUAGUUUGAUCAGCCUGCAAAUGAGAGUGGCCCCUAAAUUGACGAGGCUCAUGUGGGAGGGAUACCCUGUACAUUAUGACAGUAAACUUGGUUGGGGAUAUGUCGUCCCUGAUCCAGAGAAGCUUGAGGAUGACAAGGACAUGCUGGAAGAUGUGGAUAGUGACAGUGAUGGAGAAGAGAAAACAGGAGAGGAAAUGUCCAAAUACCCUGUCAGAUCUGUCUUCAAACUUUGUGGUCUCAAUUAUCCAUUGAAAUCAACCAAAGAAUCUUUGUUUAACUUGGAGGAUACAUUACCAGGAUAUGUUCCCCAGGCAAAAGUUGAUAAAAACAAGAUGGCCGAGGUAGUCCAGAGUGGUGUGGAUGGUAGUAUGACUUGGGACGAGAAAAAGAAACAUCUACAAGCUGCUGGAAUAACGCCUAGGAAUAUACCUCCUAAAGAAGGAAGACAUGAUAUUGGUAUUCCAGGCUGUUGGUUCUAUCAAAUUCCACACAAGGAUGGUAAAGGAAAGAAUGUUGGAAAUCCUCUAGCCAAGGACUAUUUAGCUAAAGUAGAGGAUGGUAUUCUCAAAGCUUUGUCUGGAACAGAUGCUAACAGGGCUCUCAAACUCAGUAUUAUGUGUUCUUACUGGAAGAAUGCAAUGAAAAGAAUUGAGGGUCAAAUGGCAUUGGGUUUAAAGAAAGAAGACCUUCCAUCCAAUGUUAUAAAUUCUAGUACAUAUGAAGAGGAUAGAUACUAUGGUGCUAUAGUCCCAAGAAUUGUAUCUGCUGGAACCAUCACCAGGCGUGCAGUGGAGGCAACAUGGCUGACAGCCAGUAAUGCAUAUCCUGACAGAGUAGGUAGUGAAUUGAAAGCUAUGGUACAGGCACCACCAGGGUAUAGCUUUGUUGGAGCUGAUGUAGAUUCCCAGGAACUGUGGAUUUCUGCAAUUAUAGGAGAUUCAUAUGCUAAACUUCAUGGUUGUACAGCUUUUGGUUGGAUGACAUUACAAGGAAACAAAGCUGACAAAACAGACCUCCACAGUAAAACAGCAGAAACAGUUGGUAUCAGUAGGGAUCAUGCUAAGGUUUUUAACUAUGGGAGAAUUUAUGGAGCAGGACAGAAGUUUGCAGAGAGAUUGUUGAUGCAAUUCAAUCAUCGACUUACACCAAAAGAAGCAGCAACCAAAGCUAAGAUCAUGUAUGGUACAACUAAAGGUAGAAGAAUAAAAGGUGGUAAAUGGGCAGAAGGAACUGAGAGUGAGAUGUUCAACAGACUGGAAGAUAUAGCUACUUCAGAUCUGCCUCGUACUCCAGUCCUUGGAUGUUGUAUCAGUAAAGCACUAGAACCAGAUAAUGUUGGUGAUGAUUUUAUGACAAGUAGAAUUAACUGGGUCGUACAAAGUUCAGCAGUUGACUUCCUACAUUUGAUGUUGGUGUGUAUGCGAUGGUUGUUAGAUACAUACAACAUUGAUGGAAGAUUUGCCAUUAGUAUCCAUGAUGAAGUACGAUAUUUGGUGAAGGAAGAGGAUCAAUAUAGAGCAGCAUUAGCCUUACAUAUAACAAAUCUAUUAACUAGGUCAUUGUUUGCCUACAAACUUGGUAUGGAUGAUCUUCCACAGUCUGUAGCAUUUUUCAGUGCAGUAGACAUAGAUCAAUGUCUGAGGAAAGAAGUAACAAUGAAAUGUGUAACUCCCUCUAAUCCACAUGGAAUGGAGAGAGGAUAUGGUAUUCCAACAGGUCAAGCAUAUGACAUCAUAGAAACCUUAAAAAUGACUGGUGGGUCAUUAUCUGAGAAAAACUUACCAAGUGACAAGGAUUCUGAGGUUGAAAUGAAACAGGCUGUAUAACUGUGUAUCAACAAAAGCAGACGCUAAAAGAUUACUGUUGUUGAAUCAACUAGAACUGAAGAUAUUACAAACUAAAUCUGAGCUUGACCUGAAUAAAAAUCGAUGGAUCUAAAUUGGAACUUGAACUUAAUACAAAUUGAUGGAUCUAAAUCUGAACUUGAACUUAAUACAAAUAGUUGGAUCUAAAUCUGAUUGAAGUAUUAAUAUGUGCAGUCUUAGGAAUCUCAUUGAUUUAGAUUAAAAAAUCUGUAAAAAUCUAUAGCAUUCACAAAAACAGAAUUGUUGAUGAAAAGCUUUAUUAUUCUUUUGAAGGAUAUCACAGUCAGUACUUAGUCAAUAAAAGUGAUAACAUG